GACUGUCGUCACCGCGGACACGUUUCUUUGACGUCUCCUUGACGCUGCGUGUCGUAGCCGCCUGACGCUAUGUGGAAAGUAGCAAUGUCGGAGGAGAUCGGGAAGGCGCUGCAGUCGGUGGUGGAGCGGGUGAACCAGGCGUCCGCGCGGCGGCCUCAGACACUGCCAGCUGUGCCGCCCCGCCUCGUAGCUGUCAGCAAGACCAAACCCCCAGAGAUGGUGGUGGAGGCCUACAGACAAGGGCAGCGGAACUUUGGAGAAAACUACGUGAAUGAACUCGUGGACAAAGCUUCAGAUCCUCUGAUUUUAGAAUCUUGUCCAGAAAUCAAGUGGCAUUUCAUCGGCCAUCUGCAGAAGAAUAACGUCAACAAACUUUUGGCGGUGCCAAACCUGUUCCUCGUGGAGACGGUUGACUCGGCGAAACUGGCCGACAAGGUCAACAGCUCAUGGCAGCGGAUCAGGGGAGCCAGCACGCAGAGGUUAAAGGUCAUGGUGCAGAUCAACACCAGUGGAGAGCAGAGUAAACACGGCCUUCCACCAGAGGAGACGGUGAACACGGUGAAGCACAUCGUAUCCAAGUGUGCCGCCCUGCACUUCUUAGGACUCAUGACCAUCGGGCGCUACGGCUACAACCUCGCCCUGGGCGCCAACCCGGACUUUCAAAUGCUGCUGAGUCGGCGGCAGGAGCUGUGUGACAGUCUGAAGCUGCCCAUGGAGGAGGUGGAGCUCAGCAUGGGCAUGUCCACAGACUUUGAACAUGCGAUCGAGGUGGGUGCCACCAACGUGCGAGUGGGCAGCAUCAUAUUUGGCAACAGGGAGUAUCCCAACAGUGCAGCGAACACUCCGAAUCCCAGUCCGGCUCCCAGCCCGGCCCCCAGCCCGGAGAAAACAGCCAAGACGGUGUCCGAGGAGUCGGCCAAGAAGAUGCAACACCUCACCGUGUCCGAACACUGAACACAGAGCGCCCCCUGACAUGCUUUUUAAGAAAGUUUUUAAAGAAAAUCCUCUUCUUGGUGGGCUGAGGGAACAGAGCAGUGAGGCGGACCGUUUCCACAGGUGCCAUUGUGGAGUUAAGGUCGCAAAGUUCUUGCAUCGUUUUAAAGUGUAUUUGCCUAACCCUCCUCACUUCUCUGUGUGUGCCCUUUUUGCUGUUUUAAGCACUAAAAAGUGGCAUUCGCUACAGAACUAGUUCAGUCGUUUUUUAAAAGUAGUGUGUUACUAACCUGUAUUGCUCUGUGUGGAAAUCUCUCCCCCAAGAUAACUGGACACACCACAUGUGUACAACCACGGAAAAGACGCCGACAAAUGGAAAAAUGAUUUGUGAGAUAGUGAAGAUUUGUUUGGAUUUGUUGUGCCGGUGUGACAUUUUCUACCUUUCCGACCCAAUGUGUGACAGUGCUGAAACGUGCUUGACUGUGUACAGUGUCCCAGGGAUCAGGAGCUCCAGGCAGUACAGUGUACCGUUUUUGUUGCACAGAUGACUUAAAGACUUGAUUUAAUAAAUAAUGUUUCCCUUUAUAAAGACA